AUGGAUUUACACAGUCAACUAGCAAAAGGCAUGGAUGACAUUGCAAAAAUGGUUGAAGAGAGAAUGAACCGUUUUGACAAAGCACUAGCACAACAAUCUGGAGCAAAACCCACUGGUAAUGUGAACAAUUUCAAUGAUCUUGCUUCAUUGGCCGCCGACUAUGCUGAUUUUAAGUCCAUGGUAUGCAACUCUCUAUCAAUGCUGCAACAGCAAUUGAAGCUCCUUCUGCUGGGGUUUGACAACCAUGAAGCGGACUCACGCAGAAAGAUUCUUCUAUUUCAUGGCAUCCCUGAAGACAACAGCGAGCAGUUGGAUAACAAGAUAAUCUCUAUACUCAGAGACCAAUUAAAGUUAACCAGUGUGGAUCACAUGUGUGUUGAUGUUUGUCAUCGUUUAGGCAUGAAGAAAGAUAAGCCCAGGCCCAUUCUUGUUCGAUUUACUGGUUUAAAGAGCAGAAAUGCUGUGUGGAUCUCUAAGACGGCUCUUAAGGGUUCAGGUAUAACGAUUUCAGAGUUUCUAACUAAGCCGAGGCAAGAAGUAUUCAUCUCUGCCAGGAAACACUUCGGCUUGAGAAGUUGCUGGACUGCUGAUGGCACCAUCAUUAUAGCGUUGCCAGAUAAAACUCGGGCGAAAAUCGUUUCCAUGUCGGAGCUGGACUUGCUGAGAGUUAAAUAUCCCUCUGUUCUGCAAUCUUCACAGGAACAGAAGACCACAAGAGUGCGUCGUAAUGUUAAAACAUUGGCUAAGUGAAGUUUUUGCCUGUGAUUGUUAGUGAUAUUUUAACUCAGCCGGGUUAUCGCCACUAGGCAUCGGCAUCCACUUUUUUGUAUUGACUAUGAUUUUGACGGUA